CCUCAGCGCCGCCCACCGGCUCCGCGUGCGCCAUCCCCCCAAGUUCGAGAUGGGCCCAGGCGUCCGGGUGGUGGCCCGGGAGCUGGAGGGGGCCGAGCUGCCCCUGGCCGUCGUCGCCCACCCGCCCGUGGAGGCCUGCGGCUGGAGCCGGGGCGGGCGGCCCCUGCGGCCCGAGGGGUCCCCCCGGCACCGCCUGGCCGAGGGGGGGGCCCUGGCCAUCGCCAACGUCACCCGGGGGGACGCCGGCGCCUACGGGGUCGAGUGCCGCAACGCCGAGGGGGCGGCCAGCGCCCGCGUCCUGCUGCUCGUCCACUCACCCUAUAGCACCCAUGCGCACCCGUCUCCACUCCACGGGGUCGAGUGCUGUGACGCCGAGGGGGCGGCCAGCGCCCGCGUCCUGCUGCUCGUCCACUACCCGCCGUCCAUCCGGCACCUGCCCGACCCGGUGGUGGUGGACGAGGGCGGCUCCACGGAGCUGCUGUGCGAGGCCGACGGGAGCCCCCUGCCCCCGGGGAGCCUCCAGUGGAGCCGCCUGGCGGAGGCGUCGCAGGGGCCGGGCCCCGAGGGGCUCCCCGAGGAGCUGCUGCCCGAGGGGGAGGCCCCCGUGGGUCGCCUCCGGGUGCGGGGGGCCCGUCGCGACCUGGGGGGGCCCUACGAGUGCCGGGUCGACACCGGGGUGCCCCCCCCGGCCCGGGCCACCGUCCGCCUCAUCGUCCGCUAUGCCCCCGAGCUGGAGGCGGCGCCGGAGCCCGAGCGGGUGCCGGUGCCGGACGGGUCGGACACGGCGGAGCUGCGGUGCCGGGCCCAGGGCGUCCCGGCGGUGCAGCUGAGCUGGGAGCGCGAUGGGCGCCCACUGGGUGCCACGGAGGGCAGUAGGUACCAGGAGCAGCAGUGGCGCGAGGGACCCUGGACCCGCAGCGUCCUCACCGUGGCCAACGUGAGCCUGGAGCGGGCCCAGAGCCGGCUCCUGGGCCGGGGCCGGAACCGGACCCUGGGCACCUUCUCCUGCGUCGCCCAGAACCCGCUGGGCACCGCCCGGCGCCGCCUCCAGCUCCACCUCGCCGACCGCCCCGAUGCCCCCGGGGGGCUGCGGGUGCUGAGCGGGACCCCCACGUCGCUGAGCCUCACCUGGCGCCCGGGCUUUGAUGGGGGGCUGCCCCAGAGCUUCCUCAUCAGCGCUUCCGGUCCCGGCGCCCCCCUGCCCCCCAUCACCCUCCUGGCGCCGGGGCCCCCCGUGACGCUGGUCGGGCUCCGCCCCGCCACGCCCUACGACGUCAUCGUACGCGCGCGCAACGCACGCGGCGACGGCCCCGCCGCCGCCAUCGCCGCAGUCACUGCCGAGCUGCCGCAGGGACCAAUGGCGCCGGAGGAGGAGCCAGCGCUGCCCCCCACAGGCUUUGCGGUGCCCCCGGCCCUGGUGGGGGCCCUCAGUGCCUUGGGGGGGCUCCUGCUCCUGGGCAACGCGGCCCUGGGGGGGGCCCUGCUCUGGCGGCGCCGCCGGGGCCCAGGCGUCCGGGAGGGCCCAGGCGUCCGGGCCAAGGAAGGAUCCCAGAACGAGUACGGCCCCGGCGCCACCGAGAGCUUCGAGCUGAGCUCCAUGGGGUCGGGGCCCCCCCCCGGCACGACGCCGUCCUGGGACCCCCCCGCGGGUUUCGACCCCCACCCUUACGAGGACGUGCUGGACUGGGGGGGCUACGAAGAGGUGCCCCCACCGGAGGUCCCGGCCCCCUCGCCCCCCCUCGUCACCAGCUGGGGGGAGCUGGUCUGAGCGGGGUCGUGACCCCCAAUAAACCCCGCCCCCCCCCGCGGGGGAGGAGCCAACCAGA